AUGACGGUGCCAGUUCUGAGAGUGACGGUUGACGGCGACAACAACAAAGUGUACCAUGCAGGCGAAAAGGUCACCGGCCAGAUUUGGCUGGUAGUAGAAGAUCAGGCGCAGAUUGAAUCGCUCAAACUGGUCUUUGCUGGAAGCUGCAUCACAAAGACGACCAGGACCAGGCCUUUGUCUGUAUACAGCACUACCGACGAGGAUCCAUCGAGACAACCCUACGAAGAGAAGAUACGGCUGUUCAACCGCGAAAAGUCGAUCCUGACUCGCUGCCAACUGGCGCCAAAAAAGUACUCAUGGGCCUUUGAAUUUGUCUUUCCAGAGUCUACUGAGCCCCAGUACAAGCGCGCAGUACACGGCCCCGACUACAUGAGGGAACCGCACCCACUGCCGCCAUCUCUCCGCCUCAAAACAGACAUCCCUGGUGGUUGGGCACAGAUAUCGUACUUUGUUCAAGCAAGAAUGACUCUGGCCGGCUCGACCGAGACGAAGCGAUGCAAACACACGUUGCGCUAUCAGCCCAAGCCACCAGCGGGCGCGCCAACCAGAGCUAGAUCCACCUCAACCGUACUUUACGGUCAAACAUGGAAGCCAUGCAGGGAAAAGGACGAGUCUCGUGUCAAGAAAGUAUUCUCCGGCGUCUCCAUGAACUCGACACCACGAAUCGUGCCGACAUUCUACCACCCUACCGCCAUUGCACCAGGACAGCACAUACCACUAUCCCUCAACCUGAUCAACUCACGUGACCCCUGCAACCACGCUGAACGACAAUGUACAAUCGACUCGCUAUCCGUCACCAUCUCCACCUACUCGACAACCAUAUGCGGCAACUCGGCAACACACCCAGAAGACAGCGUCUCCAAGCACGUCAACUGCAUAGCGCGAACAAACAUGCAGCCCCCCAUCCCCUUCAACAAAACCGUCGCCCUGACAUCAUCCACGUUCCGCCUCAUCGACGACGCAGAAUGCAUACCCACUUUCAAGACAUACACCAUUACCCGCCGCUACGCCCUCGACGUCUCAAUCGGCAUCAAAUACAACGACCAGCACUUUAUCAUUCGCUCCACCACCUCUCUGCACAUCCUACCACGCAUACCGCGCUCCCCGUCGCUAGAAGACGAAGACGCCCAGGACAUGGAGCCUCUGCCACGAUAUAGUCCGCGAGAACCAUCGGGAGAAUUCGCCCCAGACUACGAAGAAGUCAUCUCUAAUGCGCUCGAGAGAUCGUCUUCGAGCGAGCAGUCGCUGAUGCAGCUGUCAAGAGUAGGAUCGCAUAGCUCCAGUCUGUUUUCAGAGGGUUCUGCUGCCAGCACCGGUGCGAGUACGCCUGCGGAUGAGAUUGAGGGCUUGGAUUAUCAGAGGGUGGGGGGUUAG